CGGCUCCUCCCCUCCGUACACACACACACACGCACCCACCCACACACACACACACACAUACACACACCCAUACACACACACCCACACACACUCUGUGACUUCCCCCACCGUCUCCUUCACUCUCCCGCCUUCCCGUUCCCAUGAAUGCAGCACUUCCUAAACUCUUCACGUUUCUCCUCUUCUUCUUCUGCAUGUGAGACGGAGGACGAUUCUCUGUAGCAGGAAGGAAGGGAGGAAGGAAGGGGCGGGAGAGCGCUGGCCAGCCGGGAACACGCCAUGGGAAGCUCACAUCUCCUCAACAAAGGCAUGCCUCUAGGCAUCAGACCUCCCAUCAUGAACGGGCCGAUGCACCCGCGCCCCCUGGUGGCGCUGCUGGACGGCAGAGACUGCACCGUGGAGAUGCCCAUCCUGAAGGACGUCGCAACCGUGGCGUUCUGCGACGCUCAGUCCACACAGGAGAUCCACGAGAAGGUGCUAAACGAAGCUGUGGGGGCGUUGAUGUACCACACCAUCACCCUGAUGAGGGAAGACCUGGAGAAGUUCAAGGCGUUGCGCAUCAUCGUUCGCAUCGGCAGCGGCUACGACAACAUAGACAUCAAAUCCGCCGGGGAGCUUGGUAUAGCUGUGUGCAACAUGCCGGCAGCAUCGGUGGAGGAGACGGCAGACUCCACGCUGUGCCACAUCCUCACCCUGUACCGACGCACCACCUGGCUGCACCAGGCUCUCCGGGAAGGGACGCGUGUUCAGAGCGUGGAGCAGAUCCGAGAGGUGGCGUCAGGCGCGGCCAGGAUCAGAGGAGAGACGCUGGGACUCAUUGGGCUCGGCCGGGUCGGCCAGGCCGUCGCCCUGCGAGCCAAGGUCUUCGGCUUCAACGUGAUUUUCUACGACCCGUAUUUGGCCGACGGCGUAGAAAGGUCCCUGGGGCUCCAACGGGUCACCACCCUACAGGACCUUCUCUUCCACUCUGACUGUGUCUCUCUGCACUGCAGCCUCAACGAGCACAACCACCACCUGAUCAACGACUUCACCAUCAAACAGAUGAGGCAGGGGGCGUUCCUGGUGAACACAGCCAGGGGGGGCCUGGUGGAUGAAAAGGCUCUGGCUCAGGCUCUGAAGGAGGGCAGGAUACGCGGGGCGGCUCUGGACGUCCAUGAGACAGAACCUUUCAGCUUCAGUCAGGGUCCACUGAAGGAUGCUCCCAACCUGAUCUGCACGCCGCACGCCGCCUGGUACAGCGAACAGGCAUCACUGGAGAUGAGAGAAGAGGCGGCGCGGGAAAUCCGGAGGGCAGUGACAGGUCGGAUCCCAGACAGUCUGAAGAAUUGUGUGAAUAAAGAGUUUCUCUCACCCAACAACCACUGGGCCGUCGACCCGGCUGCGGUCCACCCUGAGCUCAACGGCGCCUACAGGUACCCCCCCGGGGUGGUGAGCUUGCCGGCCGGUGGCCUCCCUCCGCCCGUCGAAGGCAUCGUCCCGAGCGCCGUGCCCAUCACGCACACCCUCCCGCCCGCUGCCGCACACCCGCCCCACGCGCCGUCUCCCGGACAGAACACGGUGAAGCCACCAGAGGGCGACAGAGAGCAGCACCCCAGCGACCAGCUGUAGCCCUUCUGCAUGCCGACCACCGUUCAGGUUCCACCUGCUUCCCAACAGACAGGUCUCACUCCCAGCCGGAGCAGGACUGACGCUUUACUCAACAACCCAGAAAGUUCCUCUAAACCAACAUCUGAUCGUUGGUGCCUCAACAGAAAAAAAUCAAAACAAGUUUAAAUUGAUUUGGGGAAAAAAGAAUUAAGAAAAUUUUUAGGCUGUUGAUGUCCAAAGUUAGAGGUUUUCAUGUGUUCUGUGUCUUUUCCUUAGUUUGAUGUGACAUCGAAGUUAUUGGGUUAGAAAUGAAUGUAACCUGCCUGUGAACAGAUUUUAGAACAUGAUGAUAUUCGUAUUCCAGUCUUAACAAAAACUGGUUUAAAGAUACAAUAUCUCGUUUCCUUUUAUUUGUCCCUAAAUUAGCAAGGCCCCAAAAAAGAGGCAGCAUUUUGCACACCAUCUCAGGAACCUACGUUUCCGCAGGUGGUAAUCUAGUUUUUUCUAGCAUUUUUCUUUUCUAAAUAGUUUUUAUGCCACUCAGUGCUUUUGUUUUUCUACCUGCUUGCCUUUCCGUGUCCCGUUGCGUUAGAAAAGAACAACUUUAGUGAGAUAUAAAGUUGAUCUAAUGCUUGUUUCUGUUGGUUUUGUUUAAGGAGCAUGUCACUUUGCUCUGGGAUUGUGUAAAUGUUCGAACCGAAGGCGUAAUGGGAGGAACGUUUAGGAGAGGUGGUGAAAUGGUAAACAUGCUGGGACCUGCUGAUUCUGACGUUUUCAUUCAUGAGCUGACGAGGCGACAGACUGAGACACAUUAAAAACAUGGUUUAUUUUUAAUAAUUCACCUAUUCUGGCUGCAAUUUCUGCUCCUGUUCUGACCAGCAUUGUAACUUUGAUAAAGGAAUGACAUUUGUGUCGACCAGAAUGACCAACACUAUGCUAGGCUACGUUCACACAGCAGGCAGAUGUGACCCAACUCAGAUCCUUCCACCCCCAAAAUACAAUUUGUUCCACUUACACAUGUGGAUAAAUCUUUACUGCCGUAAACAGAGCUCCGCGGCGGCCAUCUUUACUGCCGUAAACAGAGCUCCGCGGCGGCCAUCUUUACUG